AUGUCUUCGGACAUUGAGAGCUUCACGGCUCAUUUGCAGUCGUCGAAACGCAUAUUAGCUUUACUCGGUGCUGGAUUGUCUGCCUCUUCUGGACUACCCACCUUUCGUGGUGCCGGGGGUCUCUGGAGGACUCACGAUGCCACUUCGUUAGCCACUCCUGAGGCUUUCGCUCGGGAUCCAGCACUCGUCUGGCAGUUCUACAGCUAUCGUCGCCAUAUGGCUCUCAAGGCUAGCCCAAACCGAGCCCACCUCGCUCUGGCUGAGCUAGCGACGAAACACCCAGGCUUUCUCGCUCUCAGCCAGAACGUCGACGGUCUGUCCCAGCGCGCAAGACAUCCUCCAGAAAAGCUUCAACUGCUUCAUGGCAGCCUGUUCAACGUCAAAUGUACCUCCUUCUACUGUUCAUAUCACGCCCAGAACUUCACAGAUCCCAUCGUACCAGCCCUCAAGAUCCCCCUCGACGAAUCAGAUCCUACCACUAAAGAAGCCAGACAUGCUAAAGAGCUGGAUAUAGCAGACGCUCAGGUUCACCUGCCUUCUGUCCAGGUGUCAGACCUACCAAAAUGCCCAGAGUGCCAUGAAGGUCUUCUGCGUCCUGGAGUAGUCUGGUUCGGCGAGUCUCUUCCGAGCAAAGUACUGAAUACCGUCGACAAAUUCAUCAGCGACUCGUGGAAAAUCGACCUGAUCAUGGUCAUUGGCACAAGUGCUAGCGUCUAUCCUGCUGCUGCUUAUGUCGAUGAUGCGAGAGCCAAAGGAGCUAGAGUCGCCGUCAUAAAUGCCGAUCGUGCAGAUGAGCCCGCCGGAGGUCUGCGGGAUAACGAUUGGUUCUUCGAAGGAGAUGCUGCCCAAAUCGUUCCCGAUAUUCUAAAAAGUGUUAUUGGCGAGAUAGAGCAACCGGCUGAAAGGCUAUAG